UGAAAUGGCACCUACUGCUGCUCUUUAGCUAACUUUAGCAGUUAAACUAGUGUAUCCAAUUACGGCAGUUGCUUGCCUUAGUAUAUGACAACAAUCCAGUUCACAGAACGACGACCAUACGACGCCACAGCCUACAAAGAGCCACACACAUGCUUCUUGUGGAAUCACUAUGCAAGUCUGCCGCCCCCAUGUGGAAAUGUUAAAAAACAUUUUAGAAUGGGUUUCCAUCACAAACCCUCGUCUGAUACAAGUCAACUCUGAAGCAAAACUCCGAAAUGUAUAAACAAGUCAAACAUCAGCAAAGUGAAAACAAGGAUGUUUCGUUCGUGAGUUCUUCUUGCUGUGCAACAGAUGUUUUGUCAGUGCUUACAGGCAAACUCUGAGAGCAUCAAGGAGUCUGUGAGAGUGUUUCAUCAUGGGUAAACAGAACAGCAAGUUACGCCCUGAGGUUCUGAAUGACCUACGGGAGAACACAGAGUUUACAGACCAUGAGCUGCAGGAGUGGUACCGAGGUUUCCUCAAGGACUGCCCAUCUGGUCACUUAACGGUUGAGGAGUUCAAGAAAAUCUACGCCAAUUUCUUUCCUUAUGGUGAUGCUUCAAAGUUUGCUGAGCACGUCUUUCGCACCUUUGACACCAAUAGUGAUGCCACCAUUGACUUCCGGGAGUUCAUCAUUGCUCUGAGCGUGACCUCACGUGGAGGCCUGGAACAGAAGCUCCGUUGGGCCUUUAGCAUGUACGAUCUGGAUGGGAAUGGAUACAUCAGCCGGGCUGAAAUGCUGGAGAUUGUACAGGCAAUUUAUAAAAUGGUGUCAUCUGUGAUGAAGAUGCCCGAGGAUGAGUCAACUCCAGAGAAACGAACAGACAAGAUUUUCCGACAGAUGGAUACAGAUAAUGAUGGCAGACUUUCUCUUGAGGAAUUCAUCAAAGGUGCCAAGAGUGACCCUUCUAUCGUCAGACUACUGCAGUCUGACCAAAGCACCUCUCGACAGUUAUAAAUACAGGUGUUAAAAGCAGCUGACAGGCAGUCUCACACACUCACUGAAAAGACAGAAACAUUAGAAGUGAUGAACUACCACAUACUUUUCUCCACGUUCAAGGGUAGUAACAGUUUAAGCAUCAGUAUUCCAGCAUGUUCUGUAUUGAGGAGAUAUGUAAAAUGCAUGGGCUUUGUUUGCAUUAUAAGGGAUGACCAACAAACUAAUUUUUAACUGUUUGCAUUCCACGCAAGGAUGGUAAAUAGUAUCAUCUGCAAAUCUCCACAACAGUAAUUUGGCCAAAACAUAAACUGUAGUUUCUCAUUCCAUAAUCUAAAUCACUCCAAAACACCAUUAACAUUGCCUGAGUAUGUCCUAAACAUGCAAAUACUGCUCAUUGUAGUGCUUUUAUAAGGUGUCUUUUGGCCGAAUGUUGUGGUCAAGCUACAUUUGAAGCAAGUGUUGCUAUCCUGCUUAGUACUCUUAAUGUAUUGUUAAAUUGAUGUUACAGAAGUGGAGCACGUUUGGCAGUGUUUGUUCUCAGGAGUUAAGAAAAUGAUUAAGAUGUAAUAUUGUUGAACUGUUUUCAAGUGCAAUAUAAUCACAUCCCAUUAAUCUAUUCAAAACCUGGUUGGCUUUUCCAUACUGCCUUGGAAGUAAAAAAAAACCCUGAAGCUAUCAGCAUUGGGUCUGCUAUGGUGGUUUAGUCAUUAAUAUUUUAACACUGUUGUCCAUUUGGCCAUAUGGGGCAGAUUAAAUGACAGACAGGUGGUUAGUUUUCCCUCAUCCUUUCUCCAGUCCAGUGUCAAAACACAACACAGAAGCUGUAGCGCUAUGAAAUAUAACAGUAACAUUUUUAAUUUUAUUAAAAUAUGUGUCUGCAGGUUUUGUUAAUGGUUUUACUUGUGGGGGGUUCUGCUUUUAAUUUCUUUAUAUGCAUGUGUGGUAUCUCUGUGCGUUCCUGUAUUUUUUCGUCAUAUUUUUGCUGUAAAGUGACUUGCAGUGCAAUGCCAAAACAAAUAUUUGUACUGGAUAUAUUCAAUUUAUGAGUCGUUUUUAAUUUUGUACAGUGUUGAUUGUACUGUAAGCAAUGAUGGUUGAAAAUAAUGCAGCUGAGAACGGGACGUCUAGCCAUAUUUUUGUGAAGCCAAAGCUCUGGUGCAAAUGGUGUAAAUGCCGCAUCCUUAUGAAUGAACAGUGUACUUCUGCAUGAAUAAAUCACUGAUACAGUACAUUUGCCAUUUAAAUCAUUGGUGUUCACUUACAAUACUCAUUGAAAUGACUAUUAACUAUUUUUAGUGCUCGUUAAAGUGACACUCCACUUUUUUUGAAAAUAUGCUCAUUUUCCAGCUCCCCUAGAGUUAAACAUUUGAUUUUUACUGUUUUGGAAUCCAUUCAGCUGAUCUCCAGGUCUGGCGGUACCACUUUUAGCAUAGCUUAGCACAAUCAAUUGAAUCUUAUGAGACCAUUUAGCACCGUGCAAAAAUUUUUUUUUGUUUUUGAUAUUUUUCCUAUUUAAAACUUGACUCUUCUGAAGUUACAUCGUGUACUAAGGCCGAUGGAAAAUUAAGAGUUGUGAUUUUCUAGGCUGAUAUGGCCAGGAACUAUACUUUCAUUCUGGUGUAAUAAUCAAGGACUUUGCUUCCGUAACAGGAGGGCUGUAGGAGGAAAAUUAUAUUACGCAGUGCCCGAAAUAGACCCCUUGUGUACUAAGACCGACACCCCACUAAGGGUGUCGGUCUUAGUACACGAUGUAACUACAGAAGAGUCAAGUUUUAAAUAGGAAAAAUAUUGAAACUCUUUGGUUAUUUUUUAGCAUGAUGCUAAUGGUCUAAUCAGAUUCUAUGGAUUAUGCUAAGCUAUGCUAAAAGUGCUAGCACCAGACCUGGAGAUCGACUGAAUGGAUUCCAAAACGGUAAAAAUCAAAUGUUUAACUCUAGGGGAGCUGGAAAAUGAGCAUAUUUUCAAAAAAGGUGCCACGUCCCUUUAAGUGUUUUAUAAGUGAAUGAAAUGGUCAUCAACUCUAACAUAGCUGUAAUAAAAUGUAGCCGACUUACUGUA